GCAGGGGGACUAGCGGAGACAGCGUUGAAGGCCCGGCUCCUAUUGGUCGGUUCUCCAGCCACCCCUUGCUUCCGCCCACCUUCGCCCACUCCAGGUGCAGCUCGUCUCCCGCCGCUGCUGGGUGGUGGAGGCGGCAACUCUCUAAGCACGGCGCUCGGUCACUGGGCUGCGCUGAUUCUCAGCCCCACGACAGCCGGUGGCACCCGGGACCGCUAAGAGAAGUGGUGAGCUGGACUGAGGGGUCCUGCUCUCUUGUCCCCUUUCUACUGGAAAAGAGGGUCUACGAGGGCUGCAGGCAUAUGUGCCAACGGGGGGCUGCUGCCCGCAGGAGGGACCAGGGUAGGACGACCUGGACCCCUCUCCUGGCAGGCAGUACCUCCUCCACGCCCCCACCUGCACGGUCCAGGCCGAGCUCACUGACCACUCGCGCGUCCCCUGCCCUGGAGCCGCGAUCCUGCGCCCCAUGGAAGCCGCUAACCUCUCAGUGGCCACAGCCGGCGUUGCCCUUGCCCUGGGACCCGAGACCUGCAGCAGUAGCCCACGCCCAAGCGGGAUCCUCAGUUCGACCCCGGGUGGUGCCGUCCUGCAGGGUCGGGAGCCGAGCUUCUCUGUCUUCACGGUGCUGGUGGUGACGCUGCUAGUGCUGCUGAUCGCUGCCACUUUCCUGUGGAACCUGCUGGUUCUGGUCACCAUCCUGCGGGUCCGUGCCUUCCAUCGCGUGCCACAUAACUUGGUGGCCUCGACGGCCGUCUCGGACGUACUAGUGGCAGCGCUGGUGAUGCCACUGAGCCUGGUGAGUGAGCUGUCGGCCGGGAGACGUUGGCUGCUGGGCCGGACCCUGUGCCACGUGUGGAUCUCCUUCGACGUGCUGUGCUGCACGGCCAGCAUCUGGAAUGUGGCGGCCAUCGCCCUGGACCGCUACUGGACCAUCACGCGCCACCUGCAGUACACGCUGCGCACCCGCCGCCGCGCCUCGGCGCUCAUGAUCGCGCUCACCUGGGGGCUGUCUGCGCUUAUCGCGCUCGCGCCGCUGCUCUUUGGCUGGGGCGAGGUGUACGACGCUCGGCUCCAGCGCUGCCAGGUGAGCCAGGAACCCUCCUAUGCCGUCUUCUCCACCUGUGGCGCCUUCUACCUGCCGCUUGGCGUGGUGCUAUUCGUCUACUGGAAGAUCUACAAGGCGGCCAAGUUUCGUUUCGGCCGCCGCCGGAGAGCUGUGCUGCCGUUGCAGGCCACCGCACAGGUAAAGGAAGCACCUGAUGAGGCUGAAAUGGUGUUUACAGCACAUUGCAGAGCAACAAUGGCCUUUCAGGCGAGUGGAGACUCCUGGCGGGAGCAGAAGGAGAAGCGGGCAGCCAUGAUGGUGGGAAUUCUGAUCGGUGUGUUUGUGCUGUGCUGGAUCCCCUUCUUCCUGACGGAGCUCAUCAGCCCACUCUGUGCCUGCAGCCUGCCCCCCAUCUGGAAAAGCAUAUUUCUGUGGCUUGGCUACUCCAAUUCUUUCUUCAACCCGCUGAUUUACACAGCUUUUAACAAGAACUACAACAAUGCCUUCAAGAGCCUCUUUAAUAAGCAGAGAUGAAGACAGGGGUUAGAGAGACAUGAGUAGAGUUGUAAGGAGGCAGGAAACUUGGACUUUUUCAUCAGUGAUCUGAGAUCCUUCCCUCCACAGCUGAGUGCUAAUGCUGUCUGAAGAGUUAUACCAUUGGGCCUGGACUGUAGAAGCAGCAGAGCCCAGGCUCUCAAGAAAGACAGCAUAGGUCUGGCAGGGGUUGUAACUAUGCCUUCUUCCCAUGUGCAUGGCAGACGUUGCCAGUCGGCCAUGGCUUGUCUCCCCACUGAGCAACAACUCCAUCUCAGAAUCCUUUCCAGGACAGCCUCUAGGCAGCUACUCUUGAUUGUUUAAAAUGGAUGCAAGAGUUGAA